ACAAUUGCCCCCGAGAGUAGCUCCGCAUAGCCAAGGGUCAAAGUAACGUUGCCAAGGGUGUAGUGCAUUGAAUUUUAAAUUAUUAAAUGAACAAGCAGACAUUGUCACAAUUUCAGAUGUAACAAAGUUAAACGUCAUAGCGAACUCUACUUGUUAUUUUAUUAUUUAAGACGUUUGUUGAAAAGGCGGCCAGGUAGCGCAAGUCGUUGCUUCCUUCAAUACGCAAUUUGGACACUCACUUAUUUAAUUCAUCUACCCAACAAGCGUUGCGUUUCUUACUCCACCCAUUCAUAAACCCAUAUAUGACGUCAGAGCGUUGAUUUGAUCAAGUGAAUCCGGAUCCGGUUCGUAACAUCGGUUGGUUGGGUUGAGUUUGUGUCCGUCGCAGGCUGUGGGUGGCCGUGGUGGAUGUGGUAGAGUGGUAGAUGUGCGGUUCCAUGUGCGUAUUCGCGUAACGUCGGAAGUUGUUUUGUCUCACCCUGCUUGGUCUCAUCUCUGCUUGGAUAUCCCGCAAGAGAAUCUAAAGAUGGGGGAAGCGACGCAGGUGAGCUCUCUGCCACUGCCGCCGAUGCAGUACGUGAGCCUCUACUCCGAGGAGAGCAUGAGCAGAGGCAGAGCGCCGUCGCCGCCCAGACCACUGCAGGACUCCUACUCCAUGUUCGGGGCGCCCUUCCACAGCGACGACCUCAUCAUACGGCCGCUCGAGAGCCAGGGCAUCCGACGCCUGUACCCGCAGAACUACGAGCACAAGAAGGAGCUGAAGAAGUUGAAUCACUCGCUGCUGGUCAACUUCCUAGACAUGCUGGACGUGCUCAUCCGCUGCCCGGACACGUCCAAGCGGCAAGAGAAGAAGGAAGACAUGAGCCUGCUGUUCGUGCACAUGCACCAUCUCAUCAACGAGUUCCGGCCGCACCAGGCCAGGGAGACGUUGCGCGUCCUGCUCGAAGUGCAGAAGAGACAGCGCCUGGACACCGCCGACCGCUUUCACAAGCAUCUGGACAAGGUGCGUGAGAUUCUCCAGAACACGCUGACGAGUUUGCCGGACGCGGAGGUGGAGGUGCGGUUGCUCCCGGACCAGAGUGCACUGUUGGCUUCGGCUGCUGCCGCGGCGUCCGAGGAGGAGGAGUGCCUCAGCCAGGACAAAAUCAUGUGCGACAUCAUCGAUGCCCUCUGACUCUCGCCCGGUCCAUCGGGCCUUACCAGCGACGACGCUUUGUGACCACCCUUGAAGUUAUUGGGGUCCACACGAUCUGUUCAUUUGACAGCGAUAUGGGGCUGUAUUUGUGUGACUUCGUUCUUUCACAAGCUUGUGAUGGCGGUAAAGACAAAAACAAGAACUCUGCAUGCUCCCGGACAACACUUUCAUCAGAAACGGAUCAUCGCAUUAUAGGACUGUUUUCGACCUACCUCCGCUUAGGUGGUGGUCUAAGAAAGCAAACACAUGUGACAGGAAUUUUUGGGGUUCCUACAUAUUUUAGUGUCAUGCUCAUGCUUUCAUCAUGAAUGUCUACCGUGUCUCUUGCCUUAUUUCUUGAGUUCUUAGAGACCUUUCUCAAAGGAGCACAUAACUUUUGCAAGGACUACAUGGCCUGGACCAAAAUAGUUUCUUGCUAAAUGAAAGCUGAUGCAAUGUGAAUACUGAGUAGAUGCCACCUAUAGUCACAGUCCAGUUAUAGUAGCAAGUUCUCCAUUACCUAUCUAGUGUUUACCAUAUAAAAGAAAGCUCCCCAUUUAGAUGCUUCUAGACAGUUGCACAUAGAGGCAGCUAUAGCUGACCUUCAGUUUAUUUUUGUGGCUUUACUUCAUCUCUAUGGUCACACAAGGUUAUCGCUUUUCUAAACUGUGUGCUUGUUAACCUGCAUAGGCUUUGCGCGAGUUUGUGAUGCCAGCUUUUGUAGCUUUGUUAGGUAUAGGAACAUCAGGUGGUAGCUCUGGAGGCCUCUUUGAAAUUCAGUCUCUCCACACCUCAAUCAUUUUCAUCAUCAGACUAUCUGGCUUCUGGCCAGGCAACUCUAGUGGCUGGUGGAGGAAGAAGUUUCAAACAUGCCCCCAAGUGGCAGACAAGAGAAUUCCGCUUUCGAGAUGUUGCAAUACAAUGUACAAAUUGGAUAACAGCAACAUGCGAGCGAUUACCCCAACCCUGGUCGACAGGUUGUACAGAACAGUUGUUUCUUUGUCACAAUCGACACUGAGACAAAUUGAAAAAUGUGAACAGCAAAGGAAACAUUCCUAUCUGCCAUUCAGCUAUGAAAGUGACUGUGCCUAAUGAAAUACAAUAUUUUCGUUACCACCUUAAGAGCAACUUGGCUGCUUGAUGGCAGUAAAUUUUGAAAGGGUCUACUUGUGCUGAAAACGUCAAUAGUUUGUCAGUUGAAGUUGCAUUUUCUCUUUGAAUGAGAUGAAUGAAUAUAUGCAGACUUUAAACGAAUGGUAAUAUUGCGAGGGAAAGGAAAAAUUAACUGGAUUCAUAACACAUUCUCCUUCACGUCAAAUCUUGAGAAUAAAAUGUCUUGAAAAACA